CGUCAUUCUGUACUCCUCAUUCUUGGCUUGUUGAUCGCCCGCUCAUUACUCAAAUUUGUCAUGGUGUGAGCUGCCCACGAACCGGUUUGGCAGCCACAUCCAACGAGCAUCCCUUCAUUUGAGUUGCCUCUCGUGUCGAUCCAAUUUCGGGGUUUGCAUAUUUCAGCAGUCGUCAACUCAGAUACAGAUGUUGUGAUUCUUGCAGCUCUUGCUCUCAUUCUUCAGGCCAGGAACCGAGUCAGCGUAAAUACUGGUCAAUCGCCCAAAGCAGCAGCCAAGAACUCACCGCGCAUCCUAUAUAUCUGUUCAAGUUGGGUCCCUCUGCAUUGUUGAUUUAACAAAGGAACCGUCACAAUGCAUUCCAAGCUUCUCCUUCUACUUGCUUCCGUCCCCUCUCUGCUGGCCACCCCCUCGCCUGUCAAGCGUGAGGCCGGGUUCCCCAGUGGCCAGCCCAUUGAUGGCAAAGGCAAGGGCGCUCCUAUCCUUGGUGGUACCAACCACGCCAUCGACCUUCAGAACCCCGAUAACCUCGGUGCGCAGUCCGUCGACCACGGCGCCGUCCCCAACCUGAAAUGGAGUUUCUCCGACUCAAAGACCAACAUCUUCCCUGGUGGUUGGACUCGGGAGCAGGUCGUCACAGACCUGCCUCAAAGUACCGACAUCGCCGGUGCCCAGCAGCAUCUGAUCAAGGGUGCCAUCCGAGAGCUUCACUGGCACCGAGUGGCUGAAUGGGGUUUCGUCUAUGAAGGCUCCCUUCUCCUGUCUGCUGUUGACGAGAACGGCGGCUGGACAACCGAGAUCUUGAAUACCGGUGAUAUCUGGUACUUCCCCAAGGGUGUUGCCCACAACGUUCAGGGCUUGGAUGACCAGAACGAGUAUCUCCUUGUGUUUGACGAUGGUGACUUUGAGAAGAUCGGAACCACCUUCAUGGUCGACGACUGGGUGCAGCACGUUCCUCGCGACAUCCUGGCCAAGAACUUUAACGUCAGCGAGUCUGUCUUUGAGAACGUCCCUGAGAAGUUCCCCUACAUCCUCAACGGAACAGUCCCCAAGGAGGCACAGACCGCUCCCCAGGGUACCCUGAAGGGCAACGCCUCUUAUGUGUACCACACCUAUGACCACCCUUCAGAGCCUGUUCCAGGACACGGUGGUACCUUCCGUCGCAUUGACUCUACCAACUUCCCCAUCUCCAAGACUAUUGCUGCCACUAUUGUCGAGCUUGAGCCCAAGGGUCUCCGUGAGCUCCACUGGCACCCUAACGCUGAGGAAUGGCUCUACUUCCACAAGGGCACUGCCCGCGCCAGUGUCUUCAUUGGCGACUCCAAGUCCCGAACCUUUGACUUCUCCGCUGGUGACACUGCCGUCUUCCCUGACAACUCCGGCCACUACAUCGAGAACACCUCCGACACCGAGAAGCUCGUGUGGCUUGAAUUCUACAAGAGCGACCGCGUCGCCGAUAUCUCCCUCGCGCAGUGGCUCGCCCUUACUCCCCCCGAGACCGUUGCCAACGUGCUCAAGAUCGACAUCAAGUUCGUCGAGCAGAUCAAGAAGCAGAAGCAGGUUCUCCUCCCGGGCAAAUAGAGUUGCAACAAGCAGACUGCGAGUUCGCUGGCUAGUCCGUUGCGUGUUGGGUGGAUAUAAUUCUAAUGUUUAUAUAUCAUAUACGUAGUUACUUUCUACCGGCUGAAGAGUCGAC